AUGGAGGACUGUAAGCCCAUCCUUACUCUUGUUUCUACUUCGAAGUCGGGGUCUCCUAGUGAGCCUGACCCGUUGCCGGAUCUUAUUUCAUUUCGCAAACUUUCGGGCGCUCUUAAGUAUCUUACUAUUACUCGUCCCGACUUGUCGUAUGCAGUUAACAUGUUGUGUCAGUCGAUGCAUGCUUCCACGACUACUCAUUGGACUGAUUUGAAGCGUGUGUUGCGCUUUGUGAAGGGUACUUUACAGUUUGGCCUUCAUAUCUCUAAGUCAGACUCUCUUGUUGUUCAUGCUUUUUUGGACUCGGAUUGGGGUGGUUGCCUGGUUGAUCGAAAGUCUACGAGUGGCUUUGCCGUUUAUCUUGGUAACAAUAUGAUUUCUUGGGUUUGUCGCAAGCAGAAGACAUUAGCGCGGUUGUCCACCGAGGCUGAGUACAAGGGCCUUGUGGAUGCUUCGGCUGAUGCGACUUGGCUGGUUUCUUUGCUGGCCGAGAUGGGUGUUUGGCUACCCUCCCCUCCUCGGUUGUGGUGUGAUAAUUUGGGCGCCACUUAUCUAUGCGUGAACCUGGUGUUCCAUGCUAGGACAAAACAUGUGGAGAUUGACUACCAUUUCGUGAGGAAUAAGGUGGCUUCCAGGGAUUUGGCGGUACAGUUCAUUUCUACUAAGGAUCAGUUAGCGGAUAUCUUUACGACGAAGGCCCUCGGCUCUUCUCGGUUUUACUUUUUACAUGACAAACUCAAUGUUGUGUCCUUGCCACCAUGA